AGCGAAGUCGAUUUUCGCACUGAGUUUGUUCGAUUUCAGGUAAAAUUUGCUUUCUUUUUCGAUUUCCUUGUAGAUUUUUGUAAGUGAGAUGGGUAGAUCUAAGUCGGUUGUAGCGAGAGGAAAGGGGGAGUCGGGUUCCACUCGGGUUAAGUCCCUUAACCCGAUAUAUUCUACUGUGGUGGAUCCGGCGGCUUUUGUUGAACUUGCUGGUUUGCCGCCGUCGGCGGAAGUGAAGAUUCCCGGCUCGGAUGAGGAAGCCUUUGACUGUCUAGAGGGGUAUGUGGUUAUGUAUGAGUAUCCGUUCACAAUUGGCUUCAAAUUUCCUUUCACUCCUCUAGUUAGGUCCUUUAUCGAGGUUUUCCAUUUGAGCCCGGGUCAGUUGAUGCCCCAGAUAUGGCGGGUUUUCACGGUGGUGCACGGAGUUACUGCGAACUGGCGUACGCCGUUUGACCUGUCUGAUUUGAUGUACACUUACGACCUAGCACUGCAGAAGUGUUGUAGGUAUACCUUGGUUACGAAGAAGGGGAAGACGAACUUAGGUGUUGGUUUAGGUGUGAACGACAGGGGUUGGCAGAGUCGUUUUGUCUUUGUAGGCAAAGAUUCUCUGGGAGAUAAAGGGCGGUUUCUGGUCGAGGGAUGGACGAUGGAAGGUAAAUGUGUCGUUUUAUCUUUGUUUCUCGUCGUUUUACUGAACGUCGCCUUACUUGGUUUUGUUUUGCAGUUGUCAAGGCGUCGUCGUUGACUGAGUUGAACGCUGAUUCUGAGGAUAAGUAUCGGAAGUUCUUGGGUUAUUCUGUCGAGGAUAGGUCUUUCAGUCGCGACGGAGAGUUUUUAGACGAGCAGGAGGUGGACCGGUCAGGCGACGUCGCCGAGGAGGAGGAGAUAGACGAGGAAUCAGGUCAACUGACUCGUCGUCGGAAAAGGUUGGAUUUGCUUGAGGAGGUAGUGGCAAACUCAUCGUCCGCCGAAGGUGAAGUAGGUGAUAUGGCUGACAACUCAGAGCAUACUCUUUCGUCUCGGCCUGUGUCGAGGAUGUCUCAGAGCGAGAUUCAGGAGCGUGCAAGGAAGCGACUGAGGUCGUCCUCGACUUCUGGUGGACGAGGUAUGACGGUCGUACCUCGGUUUUCUGCGAUAGGUUCGUCGGCUGAGACGCCUGUCGUCAUAGGAGCCGAAGGCUUUCAUCCGAUUGCUUCGUCGUCGCCUCCACAGCCGUUCAAGGUGUCGUCUGCUGCUGUCGACGUUAGUAAAGUGUCUACUUCGUCGGCCAAGAAGCGUCCUGUCGAGACGGAUCCUGUCGAGGAGACGGUUAUCACUUUGCCCCCAAGCUUCUUGGGUGAUGAAGAGGCGUCGGUUAUAUGGCCUUUCGCUGAUCGCUUGAUCUUGCCUACGACGUAUCGACGAUAUCACGAGGUGGAUCCUCUUCCUGUCGCGUCGGACGCCGCUGAGCUUAGUCUGCGGGCGUCGCAGGCUGCCUUGGCUGUACGUAGGCAGUGUUCGUUGCUGUGCGACGAGGUGACGAAUGCAAGGCAGCUGACAGCGACGGCGAAGAAGGCGGCCGCGUCGUGGGAAGCGAAGUGGAAAGCUGCUGAGAAGAAGGUCGUGGAUCUUGCUGCGGUGGUUAAGGCCAAGGGUGAUCAAUUGAAAGGUAAGGAUAAGCAGUUAGCCGACGUGGCUAAAGAUCUGGAGAAAGUGAAGGAGGAGUUGACCUCGACGACGGAGGAGUUGGAUGGAUUGAGGAGCUUGUACGACGCCCUGCAGGAGGAGGCGAAGGACGUCGAGGCUCUUGCUAUAUGGAGGACGCGGGCGCAGAUGAUGUAUUCCUGCCUGAUUGGGGAGACUAGCCUUUGGCCGUGUCAAAAGGAGGUGGAUGACUAUCUGGCUAAUGGCGGUACCAUGGCUGACCUGUCGGUGCCUGUGGUGGAUUCGGAGGAGUUGGCGAAGACGGCUGACACUGCUAGUACUGAGGCGACGGAGGUGGAUGCGGCUUUGUUGGUGGUGAGUGCGCCUGUUCCGGACCAAGAGGGGGAGGUUUUAGCUGUUGGGUGCGAAGAGGAGGCCCUCGUCGUCGUUUCUCAAGACGAGACGUUGGACGUGGCGUCGGUGGAGGUGCCAGUCGUGCCCCCAGAGCAAGAGUCGGAGCAGGAAGCCGUGGUCUCUACUCAGGAAGAAGGGAUGUAAUAGUUUGUAGUUUUCGAAUUUCUGUUGGUUUUUGUG